CAGAACUCGCGGUCCGCGGGUCCUUCUAGUCGUAUAAACAUCCAAACAAGUACCCUCACAGGAAUAUUUUCUCGACAAAUCUUCCCAUUAAACCUUCAAACACGCAAAAUAUGAUUGGAGAAAAAAACAGAGGACUAGAAUUGAUAAAGAAAGGACAAGUUUAGUACUAAAUUUCAUCUAAACUUUCGUCGAACUUGUAUCAAAUAUCUUCACCGUAAAAUGUUGCAUGCUCAUCAUUUGGAAAUCGACGGCACAUUGAAACCUUUGUCCUGGGAACAGAUUGCUAUGCUAUAGAAUGGCUGACGUAGAAAGGAAGGAGAAAGUAUGGCGUCUCUAUCCAAACAAUUGGAAGGAGGAAAGCUGGCCCCUCGAGAACACCGUUAACAGGGCUGCUGUAGAGGUCGGAGAAACUCCCUCAUCUCAAGACCAUGAGAGUUCUCCUGAGCUCUUUGCUCUGUUGUGUGGUACUAGCAAGUAUUUCGCUUCCUUUUGGAAACGGACAGGAGAUUGAAAAGCAAACGGGACAAGCGCUUUGCCAUCAAGGAUGGAUACCGUUCAAAGGUUCUUGCUAUGUAACAUUUGUUGACGGUAAAAAUUGGUACGAUGCGGAAAGCAUGUGUCGAGAUUUAGGAGGAUAUCUAGUAAAGAUAGAGUCCAAAUCAGAAGAUGAAUUUGUUUCAAGAGAACUUGCGCUGCCAGAGAAUUUAGUAUGGAUUGGCCUUAUGCGAUCUGUGAUAAACGAUAGCUUUGUAUGGGUUGAUGGGUCCAUGGCAAAGUACACUAACUGGGGAGUUGGAGAACCCAUAGUGGCUGGAAUUGGAAAACACUGUGUGCAAAUGGAAUCAGAAGCAAUUUUCUUUUACUGGAAGACAGCAUCGUGUUUUAUGCGACAUCCUUACGUGUGCGAACGUGAGGCAAUAAUCUUUUACCCAACCACUGGAGAACCAACUACCAAAGAGGAAGUAACCACCAAAUUCGUGGAAGCCGUAGAAGCAGGCCCGACAUCAAAGAAAUCACUCACAACUGUUACACCCACUACGGAAUCUGUUGAUGUGGUGUUUCCAAAGAUCAAAACUACAAAGAAACCAGAUAACACUUCUACUAGACAAAGACCAGUUACUACUGCACAAUUAAAGACCACUGCUGCACAGGAGACCACUGUUGCUCCUGGAACCACUGUUGCAACAGAGACAACGGCUGCACCUGAGACCACUACGGCGCCAGAGACGACAAUGGCACUAGAAACCACUGUUGCACCAGAGGCAACUAUGGCACCUGAGACUACUGUUGUACCAGAUACAACUGUGGAACCUGAGACUUCAACAACACUGAAGCCAACGGAUGUCACAGAAAAGCCUGAAGCUUCCCCAGCAACACCAGCGGAAUAUAGUACUACUCCAAGUGUCCAACCAGAAUUAACAGAAGCACCACAAACCGAUUAUCCAACAACAGCGUCACCAGCAACUUCACCCUCAACUGUAGCACAAGAAAGAGAGACCACCAUGGCGCACGAGGCAACUGCUGCACCAGCGACCACAACUGCCCCUGAGACCACAGUCAUCACAGAGACCAGUGUGGCACCUGAGACCACUGCUGCCCCAGAAACCACUAUGGCCGCUGAGACGACAUCUGCACCAGAGACCACAUUGGCACCAGAAUCAACUGAGAAUGCUACUGCACCAGAGACCACUAUAGCACCUGAGACCACUAUGGCACCUGAAACCACUAUGGCGCCUGAGACCACUAUAGCGCCUGAGACCACUAUGGCACCUGAGACCACUAUUGCACCUGAGACCACUGCUGUACCAGGGACCAUGGUGCCGGAGACAACUGCUGCACCAGCGACCAUUAUUGCACCUGAAACCACUGCUGCACCAGAAACCACUAUGGCCCCUGGGACCACAGCUGCACCAGAGACUACUAUGGCACCUGAGACCACUGCUGCACCUGAGGCCACUGCUCCACCAGAGACAUCAAUGGCGCCUAAGACCACUGCUGCACCAGAGACAACUAUGGCGCCUGAAAGCACUUUGGCACCAGAGACCACAGCUGCACCAGAGAAAACUAUGGUACCUGAGACCACUGCUGCACCGGAAACCACCAUGGCGCCUGAGACAACUGCUGCACCAGAGACCACAAUGGCACCUGAGACAACUAUGGCACCUGAGGCCACUGUUGCACCUGAGACCACUGCUGCACUAGAAACCACUAUGGCGCCUGAGACAACAGCUGCCCGAGAGACCACUGUGGCACCAGAGACCACUUUGGCACCUAAGACAACAGCUACCCCAGAGACCACUUUGGCAUCAGAGACCACCGCUUCCCCAGAGACCACUGCUGCACCAGCGACCACUAUGGCACCAGAGACCACAGAAGCAAUAGAAACGACUAUGGCGACUGAGACAACAGCUGCCCAAGAGACCACUGUGGCAACAGAGAUCACUGAUGCACCAGCUGCCACUAUGGCACCUCAGACUACAGCUGCCCCAGAGACCAGUAUGGCACCUGAGACCACAGCUGCCCCAGAAACCACUGCUGCACCAGAGACCACUUUGUUGCCUGAGACCACUAGUGCACCAGCGACCACUAUGCCACCUGAGCAAACAGCUGCACCAGAGACCACUGUGGCACCAGAGACCACUGAUGCACCAGCGACCACUUUGGCAUCUGAGACCACUGAUGCACCAGCUAUCACUAUGGCAGCUGAGACCACAGCUGCCCCAGAGACUACUGUGGCACCAGAGACCACUGCUGCACCUGAGACGACAGCUGUCCCAGAGACCACUAUGGCAUUUGAGACCACUAUGGCGCCUGAGGCCACUGUGGUGCCUAAACCAACAGUUACCCCAUCAACCACAAUCUCUCCAAAGACAGAAACUUCCAUAACGGAAGCAACUAAGCCACCGGUGGAUCAGCUUAAGACAAAGCAGCCAACAACAAUAUCGGGAGAAACGACUAUUGUCCCUGAAACAACAAUACCAGAGAGCACUGCUGCACCAGUGGAUACCACUAUUACCCCUGAGAUCACUAUGGCACCAAAGACCACUAUUGCACGAGAGACCACUGUGGCACCUGAGACCACUAUGGCACCUGAAACUACUGCUGCACCAGAGACAACUAUGGCGGCUGAGACCACUAUGGCACCUGAAACUACUGCUGCACAAGAGACAACUGUGGCGGCUGAGACCACUAUGGCACCUGAGACCACUGUUGUUCCAGAGGCCACAAUGGCCCCUGAAGCCACUGCUGCACCAGAGACCACUAUGGCGCCUGAAACCACUUUGGCAGCUGAGACAACAGCUGCAACAGUUACCAUUGCUGAGCCAAAAACCACUAUGGCACCAGAGACAACUAUUGUGCCUGAGACCACUGCCGCACUAGAAACCACUAUGGCGCCUGAGACCACAGCUGCCCCAGAGACCACUGUGGCACCAGAGACCACUGAUGAACCAGCGACCACCAUGGCAGCUGAGACCACAGCUGCCCCAGAGACCAGUGUGGCACCUGAGACCACAGCUGCCCCAGAGACCAGUGGUGCACCAGAGACCACUAUGUUGCCUGAGACCACUAGUGCGCCAGCAACCACUAUGGCACCUGAGCCAACAGCUGCACCAGAGACUACUGUGGCACCAGAGACCACUGAUGCACCAGCGACCACUGCUGCACGUGAGACGACAGCUGCCCCAGAGACCACUAUGGCAUCUGAGACCACUAUGGCACCUGAGCCAACAGCUGCACCAGAGACCACUGUGGCACCAGAGACCACUGAUGCACCAGCUAUCACUAUGGCACCAGAGACCACAGAUGCAAUAGAAACCACUAUGGCGACUGAGACAACAGCUGCCCAAGAAACCACUGUGGCACCAGAGAUCACUGAUGCACCAGCUGCCACUAUGGCACCUCAGACUACAGCUGCCCCAGAGACCAGUAUGGCACCUGAGACCACAGCUGCCCCAGAAACCACUGCUGCACCAGAGACCACUUUGUUGCCUGAGACCACUAGUGCACCAGCGACCACUAUGGCACCUGAGCCAACAGCUGCACCAGAGACUACUGUGGCACCAGAGACCACUGAUGCACCAGCGACCACUGCUGCACGUGAGACGACAGCUGCCCCAGAGACCACUAUGGCAUCUGAGACUACUAUGGCACCUGAGCCAACAGCUGCACCAGAGACCACUGUGGCACCAGAGACCACUGAUGCACCAGCUAUCACUAUGGCACCAGAGACCACAGAUGCAAUAGAAACCACUAUGGCGACUGAGACAACAGCUGCCCAAGAAACCACUGUGGCACCAGAGAUCACUGAUGCACCAGCUGCCACUAUCGCACCUCAGACUACAGCUGCCCCAGAGACCACUAUGGCAUCUGAGACCACUAUGGCACCUGAGCCAACAGCUGCACCAGAGACUACUGUGGCACCAGAGACCACUGAUGCACCAGCGACCACUGCUGCACGUGAGACGACAGCUGCCCCAGAGACCACUAUGGCAUCUGAGACCACUAUGGCACCUGAGCCAACAGCUGCACCAGAGACCACUGUGGCACCAGAGACCACUGAUGCACAAGCGACAACUUUGGCACCUGAGACAACAGCUCGCCCAGAGACCACUGUGGCACCAGAGACCACUGAUGCACCAGCUAUCACUAUGGCAGCUGAGACCACUGAUGCACCAGCUAUCACUAUGGCAGCUGAGACCACAGCUGCCCCAGAGACUACUGUGGCACCAGAGACCACUGCUGCACCUGAGACGACAGCUGCCCCAGAGACCACUAUGGCAUCUGAGACCACUAUGGCGCCUGAGGCCACUGUGGUGCCUAAACCAACGGUUACCCCAUCAACCACAAUCUCUCCAAAGACAGAAACUUCCAUAACGGAAGCAACUAAGCCACCGGUGGAUCAGCUUAAGACAAAGCAGCCAACAACGAUAUUGGGAGAAACGACUAUUGUCCCUGAAACAACAAUACCAGAGAGCACUUCUGCACCAGUGGAGACCACUAUAACCCCUGAGAUCACUAUGGUACCAAAGACCACUAUUGCACGAGAGACCACUGUGGCACCUGAGACCACUAUGGCACCUGAAACUACUGCUGCACCAGAGACAACUAUGGCGGCUGAGACCACUCUGGCACCUGAAACUACUGCUGCACCAGAGACAACUAUGGCGGCUGAGACCACUAUGGCACCUGAGACCACUGCUGUUCCAGAGGCCACAAUGGCCCCUGAAGCCACUGCUGCACCAGAGACCACUAUGGCGACUGAAACCACUUUGGCAGCUGAGACCACAGCUGCAACAGUGACCACUACUACACUAGAGACCACUGCUGCACUAGAAACCACUAUGGCACCUGAGACAACAGCUGCCGCAGAGACCACUGAUGAACCAGCAACCACUAUGGCACCUGAGACCACAGCUGCCCCAGAGACCAGUCUGGCACCUGAGACCACAGCUGCCCCAGAGACCAGUGCUGCACCAGAGACCACUAUGGUGCCUGAGACCACGAGUGCACCGUCGACCACAAUGGCACCUGAGACCACAGCUGCCCCAGUGACCACUAUGGCACCGGAGACCACAGCUGUCCCAGCGACCAUUGCUGCACUAGAGACCACUGCUACACUAGAAACCACUAUGGCCCCUGAGACAACAGCUUCCUCAGAGACCACUGUGGCACCAGAGACCACUGAUGCACCAGCUACCACUUUGGCACCUGAGACAACAGCUGCCCCAGAGACCACUUGGGCACCAGAGACCACUUCUGCACCAGAGACCACUGUGGCACCUGAGAUCACUGCUGCAACUGAGACCACUGCUGCACCUGAUAUUACUGUGGCACCCAAAACCACUGCUGCACCCGUUACCACUCUUGCACCUGAGACCACUGCUGCACCUGAUGCCACUGUGGCACCUGAGACCAAAAUGGCACCUGAAACCACUGUGGCAUCAGAGAGCACGUCUGCACCUGAUACCACUGUGGAACCUGAGAGCACUCUAGCAGCUGAGACAACUGCUGUACCUGAGACUACUCUAACACCUGGAACCACUGUGGCACAAGAGACCACUGCUGCACCUGAGACCACUGCUGCACCUGAGACCACUGUGGCACCUGAGACCACUGUGGCACCUGAGACCACUGUGGUACCUGAGACCACUGUGGCGCUUGAGACCACAAUGGCACCUGAAACCACUGUGGCACCAGAGACUACUGCUGCACUUGAGACCACUGUGGCACCUGAGACCACUGCUUCAGCUGAGACCACUGUGGCACCUGAGACCACUGCUGCACCUAAUACCACUUUGGUACCUGAUACCACUUUGGCACCUGAGACCACUGUCGCACCUGAGAGCACUGCUGCACCUGAGACCACUGUGGUACCUGAGACCACUGAUGCACCAGCUGCCACUAUGGCACCUCAGACUACAGCUGCCCCAGAGACCAGUAUGGCACCUGAGACCACAGCUGCCCCAGAAACCACUGCUGCACCAGAGACCACUUUGUUGCCUGAGACCACUAGUGCACCAGCGACCACUAUGCCACCUGAGCCAACAGCUGCACCAGAGACCACUGUGGCACCAGAGACCACUGAUGCACCAGCGACCACUUUGGCAUCUGAGACCACUGAUGCACCUGAGACCACAGCUGCCCCAGAGACCACUAUGGCACCUGAGACCACUGCUGCACCUGAGACCACUGUUGCACCUGAGACCGCUGCUUCAGCUGAGACCACUGUGGCACCUGAGACCACUGCUGCACCUGAUACCACUUUGGUACCUGAUACCACUGUGGCAGCAGAGACCACUGCCGCAGCUGAGACCACUGUAGCAGCUGAGACCACUGUAGCAGCUGAGACCACAGCUGCACCUGAGACCACUGUGGCA